AUGUCUCUUUACUUUGACGCGGUUGCCAUUCUGACCGCUCCUUCCACGGGAGGCUCUUUCAAAUCUCGAAUCUACAAUGCGCGCAACCUUCGAGCAUCCCCCGCCCAGAUCUACGCCUUGAUUAUCGAAGCCUCAAAAUGGGAUCGCGUCCUGGCCGACGUGAUUGAGAAAUCGGACAUCCUUAGUGUCGAGCGCAAGUUGACUCCACUUUUGGCUCUUCUCCUCGUUUACGAUCACUUGCUUUCGAAAAAGGGCAUUGCCGCUCCUGCAGCCCAUCCCCUCCGUCAAGCGGUCGAGCGACACAAGGUCCGUCUAAAGGCCGAAUUCACAAAGGCGCGUGUUCGUCGGGGUUGUGCCUCGGUGGAGCAGUUCAAGGCGGCAGUCCUGAAAGAGAAGCGCGAAGCCGACGGAUCAAACCAUUUUGUCUAUCCUCGAUGGGUCCGAGUCAACAAUAUUCAAAGCUCGCUCGCUGAGCAGCUACGCACUACUUUUGCGGAUUACGAGCAAGUGGACACAUUGGCAGCUCUGGCACCGGCGGAUGAUAACCGGACGAAGCGAAAAUUACUCUACCUCGAUCCUCAUAUUCCCGAUCUCGUGGCCGUCCCCUUCGGCGCCGACUUUACCAUUUCCCCCGCGUACAAGAAUGGAGAGAUUAUCCUGCAGGACAAGGCCUCCUGCUUUCCCGCAUAUCUUCUUCUGGGCGACCGCGACGCCAACGAUCCUUGGUCAGGAGAUCUGGUCGAUGGCUGCGCAGCGCCCGGUAACAAGACCACUCACAUGGCAUCACUUCUCGCCAAGCAGCAGAAACAGAAGCACGAUCAGCAGGAAACACAGUGGAAGCCUUCAAGGCAGAUCUUUUCAAUGGACGCCAGCAAAAUGCGUUCGAAGACGCUCCAGAAAAUGGUGUCGCUCGCUGGAGCCGACCCCAUGGUGACCGUGCUCCAAGGCCAAGAUUUCCUCGCUUUAGACCCGGAAGACCCCCAAUUUGAAAGAGUUUCCGGCCUUCUACUGGACCCAAGUUGCUCGGGCAGCGGCAUUGUUGGCCGUGACGAUGUCCCUCAGCUGACACUACCCCAAGCCAAGGUGAUCAAAUCUGCCAAAUCUCGUGCGAAGAAGAGGAAGCGCGGCGCGGAAGAGCAUGACGACUCGGAAGAGCCGCUUUCGAGCGUGACAUUAGGUGAACCAAGCGCUGCUCCAUCGGAUGAAAAUGACAUUCCCGCUGGAGCCGUGGACGGUGACCGGCUGACGAAACUGUCAAACUUACAGGCGCGCAUUGUCGAGCAUGCCUUGAGUUUCCCCAGUGCAACCCACGUCACAUACAGCACCUGCUCUGUCAACUUGAUCGAGAAUGAGGCGGUGGUGGCACGCGUUCUCGCGUCGGAUGUGGCCAAAGAGCGGGGUUGGCGUCUUCUUCGACGUGACGAGCAGCCUGAGGGUCUGCGCCGUUGGAAUCAUCGGGGUGUUCGACGUGACCGUGACCCUGAGACCGGCACCGAGCUGGAUGAGAAUGAAUCGGUGGCUGCACUGACGGAGGAGGAUUUGGAGGCUUGUUUGCGGUGUUGGUCUGGGGAUUCCGAGGGACUCGGAGGAUUCUUCGUCGCGGGCUUCGUCCGUGAGGGAAAAGCGAGUUACACGAAAUACGCCAAAAAGGCCACCUCGAAGCCAUUGACCAAGUCCGGGUCAAAAAAAGCCGAGACAGCUCACCUCAGCAAGAAAGCAAAGACAAAAGAGGAGAACGAGGGAACCAACAGCAGCAACAAGGAUGACAAUGCGAACGAAGAUGAGGAAUGGGACGGCUUCUCUGAUUAG